AUGGUGAAAACUUUAAGAGAUGGGAAACUCGCAGGGCUCAGUUAUUUCUGUGGGAUCGCACCCUUCAAUGCGAUGUGUCCCAAGACCGUGGGAAGUAUGCAGGAUCCAAAGAGAAGAAGGGCUCUUCUGCACAAGAAAUUCCCAGAAAGAACCAACAGCUGCAGAUACUCAGGCAACAGUGCUCCCAGCUGUUAUGCUGAAAUCUUGGGACCUUCAGGGAUGCCCCCGCCUCCCUUCCUCCUCUCCGCCCAGCGGCUGCCGCUCAGCCCGGCUCUGGGUUCUAAGACGCAGGCACUGAGCUGCGGCGGCGGCAGGGAGCAGAGCCAGGCGCUGUUCAACGCGGAUAUGGAGCUCGAGGCCGGGACUGGCGCCGCGGCCUCUUCGGCUGCAGACCCUGCCAUUGCUGUGGAGGUAUGCAAUAUCAAACAAAUGAUUAGGUUGACGCAGGAACACGUAGAGGCCCUGUUGGAGCAUAGGGCUCCAGCGCAUAAUCCACCACCAAUAUACCUGCAGGCCUAUGAAGAAAACACCAGCAAGUUAGAUGCCCUCCAACGAAGAGAACAGCAGUUGCUGGAAUCCCACCGGAGCGGAACUGAUUUUUCUAAUCCUCCAGAUGUGUCACCCAGCAACCCCAAGUCACCACAAAGACCUGUUGUUAGAGUCUUCUUGCCCAACAAGCAGAGGACAGUGGUACCUGCAAGGGGUGGAGUGACAGUCCGAGACAGUCUAAAGAAAGCUCUGAUGAUGAGAGGUCUCAUCCCAGAGUGCUGUGCUGGGUACAGAAUUCAGCAUGGAGAGAAGAAACCGAUCAGCUGGGACACUGAUAUUUCCUGGCUUAUCGGGGAGGAAUUGCAUGUAGAAGUGUUGCAAAAUGUUCCACUUACAACUCACAAUUUUAUACGGAAAACUUUUUUCACCCUAGCAUUUUGUGACUUUUGUCGAAAGCUCCUGUUCCAGGGUUUCCGCUGUCAGACGUGUGGUUAUAAAUUUCACCAGCGCUGUAGUACAGAGGUUCCUGUGAUGUGUGUUAAUUAUGAUCAACUUGAUUUGCUGUUUGUCUCCAAGUUCUUUGAACACCACCCAUUGCCACAGGUGGAGACCUCCUUGGCAGAGACCACCCUUCCAUCUGGAUCAUCCCCUUCUGUGCCCCCCUCAGAGUCCACUGGGCCCCCAGUUCUCACCAGCCCACCUCCUUCCAAAUCUAUUCCAGUUCCACAGCCUUCCCAGCCAGCAGAUACAGAUCAUCAAAAUCAGUGUGGACAGCGAGACCGGUCCUCAUCUGCUCCCAAUGUGCCUGUCAACAAGAUACAACCUGUCAAUAUUGAUGAUCUGAUUAGAGACCAAGGAUUUUGUCGUGAGGGAGGAUCAACCACAGGUUUGUCUGCCACCCCACCUGCCUCAUUACCUGGCUCACUCACUAAUGUGCAAGUCUUACAGAAAUCUCCAGGACCUCGGCGAGAAAGGAAGUCAUUUUCAUUCUCAGAAGACAAGAAUCGAAUGAAGACACUUGGUAGAUGGGAUUCAAGUGACGACUGGGAGAUUCCUGAUGGACAGAUUACGGUAGGACAAAGAAUUGGAGCUGGGUCAUUCGGAACAGUCUAUAAGGGAAAGUGGCAUGGUGAUGUGGCAGUGAAAAUGUUGAAUGUGACAGCACCCACACCUCAACAGUUACAGGCCUUCAAAAAUGAAGUAGGAGUGCUCAGGAAAACACGACAUGUGAAUAUCCUACUCUUCAUGGGCUAUUCCACAAAGCCACAGCUAGCUAUUGUUACCCAGUGGUGUGAGGGCUCCAGCUUAUACCACCAUCUCCACAUCAUCGAGACCAAAUUUGAGAUGAUCAAACUUAUAGAUAUUGCACGGCAGACUGCACAGGGCAUGGAUUACUUACACGCCAAGUCAAUCAUCCACAGAGACCUCAAGAGUAAUAACAUAUUUCUUCACGAAGACCUCUCGGUAAAAAUAGGUGAUUUUGGUCUAGCCACCGUGAAAUCUCGAUGGAGUGGGUGCCAUCAGUUUGAACAGCUGUCUGGAUCCGUUUUGUGGAUGGCACCAGAAGCAAUCAGAAUGCAAGAUAAAAACCCGUACAGCUUUCAGUCCGAUGUGUAUGCAUUUGGGAUUGUUCUGUACGAACUGAUGACUGGACAGUUACCUUAUUCACACAUCAACAACAGGGACCAGAUAAUUUUUAUGGUGGGACGAGGAUACCUAUCUCCAGAUCUCAGCAAGGUAAGGAGUAACUGUCCAAAAGCCAUGAAGAGAUUAAUGGCAGAGUGCCUUAAAAAGAAAAGAGAUGAGAGACCCCUCUUUCCCCAGAUUCUCUCCUCUAUUGAGUUGCUGGCCCACUCACUGCCCAAAAUUCACCGCAGUGCAUCAGAGCCCUCCUUGAACAGGGCCGGUUUCCAGUCACAGGCUUUUAGUGUCUAUGCUUGUGCUUCUCCAAAAACACCCAUCCAGGCAAGGGGGUAUGGAGAAUUUGCAGUCUUCAAGUAG